GGGGAGAGGAGGAUGAGGAGGAUGAGGAGGGGAGGAGGGAGAGGUGGGGAGGAGGGAGAGGUGGGGACUGCCUGCAGCCGGCUACAUGUGGAGCUGCGGGGACUGACAGAGCAGCGAGGAAGCCUCCGGCUGAAGUGAAGAGGAGGUGGAGGAGGAGAGGGCAGGUUGGCACCAAGUGUCCCCCCAGUAAGGAUCUACCAUGGGUAAGGGGGGACAGAAUGGAGAGGGCUGCAGCAAUGGCUGUGUCAAGUCGGAGCCCCACUACACCUGGGAAGAAGUGCAGAAACACAACACCGAGGCUGACAAGUGGCUGGUGAUAAACCGCAAGGUGUACAACAUCAGUCAGUGGGUGAGGAGGCACCCGGGGGGCAUGCGGGUCAUCAGCCACUAUGCGGGAGAGGACGCCUCGGAAGCUUUUCAUGCUUUUCAUCCGGAUCUUACUUUUGUGAGAAAAUUUCUUAAGCCACUGUAUAUUGGUGAACUGGCAGAGAAUGAGCCUAGUCAGGACCGAGGUAAAAAUGCUCAGCAAGCGGAAGAUUUCCGUGAACUGCGUAAAACAGCAGAAGAAAUGAAUCUUUUUCAAGCCAGUAAGGUAUUUUUUGGCCUAUACCUUGCACACAUUCUGGUCUUGGAGCUUCUUGCAUUUGCUACCCUUCACUACCUUGGUACAGGGUGGAUACCAACUUUUAUGGUCAUUGCUCUGCUUACAAUUUCUCAGGCCCAGGCUGGAUGGCUACAGCAUGAUUUUGGACACCUUUCCGUCUUUAAGAAAUCAAAAUGGAACCACACUGCCCACAAGUUUGUCAUUGGUCAUCUGAAGGGAGCCUCAGCGAACUGGUGGAACCAUCGCCAUUUUCAGCAUCAUGCUAAACCUAACAUCUUUACCAAGGAUCCAGAUGUCAACAUGGUACACAUUUUCGUGCUUGGGGACACACAGCCAGUGGAGUACGGCAAGAAGAAGAUAAAGUAUCUGCCCUAUAAUCACCAACAUCAGUACUUCUUUCUAAUUGGCCCCCCACUUUUGAUACCAUUGUACUUCACAGUUCAGAUUAUGAAGACAAUGAUAAUUCGCAAGGAUUGGGUGGAUUUGGCUUGGUCUCUUUCUUAUUACAUGCGUUAUUUCAUUACAUUUGUACCUUUCUUUGGAUUUUUUGGAGCCCUCGCCUUGCUCAAUGCUGUCAGGUUUCUUGAAUCCCAUUGGUUUGUCUGGGUCACACAGAUGAAUCACAUUCCCAUGGAGAUCGACCAUGAAAAAUACAGAGAUUGGCUGGGGAGUCAGCUGGCAGCAACAUGCAACAUUGAGACUUCCUUCUUCAACGAUUGGUUUAGUGGACACCUCAACUUUCAGAUUGAACAUCAUCUGUUUCCCACCAUGCCUCGACACAACUAUUACAAGAUUGCUCCUCUUGUUCGUUCUUUGUGUAAGAAAUAUAAUGUCAACUAUGAGGAGAAGACACUAUACAAUGCAAUGCGUGAUGUUGUUGGAUCUCUGAAAAAGUCAGGCGAGCUAUGGUUAGAUGCCUACCUCCACAAGUGACUUAGUCCUGAAUUCUCUCUGUCCAGGAGGAUCUUUGAACUUACAAUAACACAAUUCAUACCUAUAUUUGUUAUAUUUAGGUUUGUAAUAAACUGCCUCAAAUUUAAGGUAAGGGAGCUUUCUGUGUGUUUUUACCGUCUUCACUGCCAGGAUGACAUAAUCCAUUGCAGUGUGAUGCCUUGCAGAUCUCCCUGGCACUGAUGAGGUUAUGGUUGACUUUGCCUACAUUUCAGCCUUAACUUUAAAGGACUCUUUCUUGAUACACUAAAAAACAAUAUACAAAAAAAAACUCCCAAGGGUAUUAUGGCACCAUUCCUUUUCUCCCCCGCGAUGCUCAAUACGUUGAUUUGUAAAUAAAUGCCUAUUGUUGAA